AUCCCCAGAUGCAGAGCCAUCAGCCUCAAAUUAGGUUCUCUUUUCUUUCACUUCUUCCAGCAAUAUUAUUAAUUCUUGGCAGGUUGUGGGUCUGAUCAAAAUGGCAACAGCGUCAGCCACACUUUCUCCGGCGAACUUCGCCGCCGCCACCGCUUCCUUGGGCUCCCGCCGGGGGAGAAAAACCAGGGUGAACUACAUUGGUGGGAUGAACUCUUUUGGUGGGCUCAAAGCUCACACCAGUGUGGCCUCUCUAGGCCUUCCUGCUUCGACUGAACACUACUUUUCAAAGAUCGCUAGUUCUUUGAAGGGAAAAGGCGGCGGCGGCGGAGCCCUGUCCUCCACCUGCAACGCCGCCGGCGAGAUUUUCCAGAUCGCAGCCAUCAUGAAUGGCCUUGUUCUUGUUGGAGUUGCUGUGGGUUUUGUUCUUCUUCGGAUCGAGGCUUCCGUUGAGGAAGCUGAGUGAGAAUUUAUUCAAGUUAGAAAAUUGCUAAUAGUUGGAUUGUGUUACUUUCUUUGUCAAGAUUUGAACUUAGAACUGUGUAUUUCUCUUUUUCCUACUGUAAUAAAAACUGGUUCCUUUGCUAUAAAUUUUCUUUUAGAAACAAA